CUGAACAGCAGGUAGCAAGUAUUUCGUAACUGGUGUACUCAUUUCAAAAUAUCAAGUUUAACCUCGUUAAUUAUGAUAAGUAACGGAAGAAACCAGAAGAGAAUUCGCUGACAAUGCUUCUGAACUGCUACUUCCUGUAAUGGCAAACUCUCAUUUUAGUAAAAUUGACGAGUACGGAUUUGAGCGUCCUGAUGACUUCGAUUAUGAAACUUAUGAAGAAUUUAUGUCCCAUUAUCUUGUUGUUCUGGCAAGGAGGGCAAAGAAGUGGGCAGACCUGGUAGGCGAAGGGAGGUCGUUGAAAAGGAAUUUGACAGUUAAACGCUAUGUGCGAAAAGGAAUUCCAAGUGAAUAUAGAGGCAAGGUAUGGCUAACUGUAAGUGGUGCAGAGAAAAUGAAAGACGAUUCAGGUCCCAACUAUUAUCUUCAGUUGCUUUCCGGUGAUAUAGAUCAAGAUAUUGUUGACAUUGUGAAGACCGAUCUGCCCAGGACAUACCCAGAUAACAUAUUCUUCAAUGCUGCUGCAGACCAUCAGAGGCAGCUCUGUAAUAUAUUAGUUGCCUAUGCACAUGACAACAAAGAAGUUGGAUACUGUCAGGGUCUGAAUUAUAUAGCAGGUUUACUUUUGCUUGUCACCAAGGAUGAGGAAACAACUUUCUGGUUAUUGAAAGUACUUGUUGAGAAGACACUGCCGAAAUAUUACACGAGGACUAUGGAGGGUGUGAUAACUGACAUAGCAGUACUGGAAGAACUUGUGAGGCUAAAAAUACCAGAUGUACACAAACAUGUCCAGGAUGUCGGCUUACCAUGGGCAGUGAUAACAACAAAAUGGUUUAUCUGUCUCUUUGCAGAAGUUCUGCCGAUAGAAACUGUGCUGAGGAUAUGGGAUUGUCUUUUUUAUGAAGGGUCCAAGAUAAUAUUCAGAGUGUGUCUAACACUUAUUAAGAGAAAUCGAAGCAGUCUCCUUGAAAGCACUGACUUUGCUACAUUGGCGGAGUGUUUCAAGAAUAUUACUAAGGAUUCAUUGGUCAUUCAAUGCCAUGACUUUAUGGAGAGCAUCUUCAAGACACCAGGUUCACUUCCGGCCACAACAAUCAGUAGACUACGUGAACAACAUUCACAACAAAAAGAAACAAGGAAGCAAACUGAAGUGCUAAGAUGAAAGUAAUGCUGAUUGAAUGAUAUUACCUCAGAAAAUCAGCUGUCAAGUUCCUGAAUUAGAUGCUACCUGUUGAAUCAGGCAGAAUGAAUUAAGAGUUCAUGUUGAUUCUCAGUGAUGUUACAAAAUGUGUAGUAUUUGCAUUUUAAGUCUUUGUUACUAUUGAUGAGAUACAAUAAUUACAGCACGUUCUUUUUUCAUUCAUGAUCACUGGCUUCAGAUGAAAUUUAUUAGUUUUCUUACAGGUAUAAUAUGAGUUAACCAUGAGUCACAUUUAUGAAAUUAUAUAGUUAUAUGUAUGUAUAUGCGUGUGUGUAGUCUUUUUUUUGUAUGUGAACAGGUGUAGCUUAGACGUUAUUGUUGACAUAAUAGUCUCUGUAAACUUACAUAACAUGCAAAACAUGACAAGGAAAUCAAACUGUUCAGUAAUAAUGUAUUGUAUAGUAUUUAUUUUUGUGGGUUAAGAGGCAUGCACAUUGUGAUUUUUCCCAUACUUCGUGGAUUUACUCAUUUCAUAAUUUCCUUCUAAUUUAUUUAAUUAUAGCGUUUCUGAAAUGUUUUGUUACCCAGAACACUCCUUUGUACAAAUGUAUAGUUAUAAUUGAAAUGCACAUCAAUCUUGUGAAGAUUGUAAGGAAUGAUAGUGACUUGUUGUACUAUGUAGUUUCCUGGGGUAAAAUAUUCUAUUGUUUUUAAAUGUGGUUGCUCUAGUUAAUUUCUAAAUCGUGCCCAUCAAAGUAUGAGCCAUUAUAAGGCAGCUUCAUUGUCAUACAAAACUCAUUUUGGCAAAACAGAAAUUUUUCAAGGUAAUUUAUCCUGAUAAUGUGGCCUACUAGACUACCACUUGUGAUUGGCUAUAGUCAUACAAUCAUUGUGGAUCCAUGCCUUGGUGGGUCAUCUGUAAGGGGGGGGAGGGGGGGGGGGAGAGCAGCAAAUAAUUUGUUUCAUGUACUGCUAUAGAUGAUGUGCUGUUAUUGCUCUCAUAAUUUUUAUCUGGCUUUGUGGUUAUUAGGGCCAAAUUUCUGUGUGUUUCUAAUUCACUUUCUUUGUUGUAGAGCUUAUUAGCAAAAGGUCUCUUCUGGCUCCAUAUUUUUAUAGCCUUUACAGAAUGGGUCCUGAGGCAGCUUUUUUGUACAUAAGAAAACAUAGCACAGGUGCUUUGUAGUAAUUACAUAAUUUCAAGGGCUCAUCUAGCAGCUAUCCAAACACUACAAACUGUUUUCUAAUGUUAAGUUGGUAUAGCCAAGUGAAUUGAUCAAUAUUAAACUUUAUGUAAGAAAUACCGUCCAUUUUAAUUAUAAACUGUUACUAUGAAUGAGGCUUAUUUAGAUUCUGAUGGAGGUAAGGCUACAAGUGAAGAAUUUUGUGGUUAUAUUUAUAAACAUUUUGGUUAAGGCUGUCUACAAAAAUGAGAUGGGACGUAGAUAGUUAGAAUUGUAAUGAUAAAAAUUUGUUUUGCUUUGAAAUGUAUAAUCAUGUUUAACUAUAAUUUUCAACUAUGGAAAAUCAUUGUGAUAAACUAAUUCAUAUCAUCGGCCACAUUUAACUUCAACAAUUAAGUGAUAUGAUACUAGUCAUGGAACCACUUCUUAAGACAAACCCUGUGAAAUUAUAGUGGACAUUGAAAUUAGUGAUUGUUAAGAUUGUGUGCCUGUGUCAUUGGUAAUAUGACUGGUCUCAUUGUGUGCGCUCAGAAGAACCCUGGAUCAUGUUCCCUUUCCAUUAAUAUAUAACUCAACAGAAUCCAUUUUUGCAACAUGAUUUCACUUUUAUCAUUGCCUGUUAACAUGCAUAUAUUAUAAUGUAACAAUAUUUUCUGUACAAUAUUCAGACUGCUGUAUAGCAGUGCUUGAAUUAAACAGGUUUUUUCUAUGAACUAGUUUCUUUCAUCUAGCAAUAUUUCAGAAAUUUUAAUAUAUAAUAAUUACCACAAUUCUUGGAUCUCACUUGUUACAAUUUCAAUUAAAAAUGGGCAUUUGUCUGUGAUACUCUACAUUUAUAACAGGUUGUGAUGUGAAUUGUGAUUAUUAUUCACUAAGCACGAACUGUUAACCUUACAAAAUUCAGAAUAAAGUCCUUCAAACUAA